CAGAAAAAAAUUAACCCUUUUAUAUAAGAUCAGCGACUAAAAUCAAACUACCACUAGAUAUAAGAAUUAUACAUUACUUAACCAAAAGAAAAAACAAUUCUAUAUAUAUUUUUUAUUUUAUUUAUAUAACAAUGUGAUCAUGAGCCAAAGAGCAUGGACGGAAGAAAAGAAGAAAGUCAAAAGAGAUCUAAAUCUGAGAUGAAGAAAGCAGAGCUUGUGUUCAUCCCAUCUCCAGGGAUCGGUCACCUUGUCUCAAUUGUAGAGUUCGCGAAGCGCCUUAUCGAUCGAGAUAAUCGAUUCUCCAUCACCAUCCUUGUCAUCAAACCCUCCACCUUCCCAAACAUUGACUCCUACACCAAUUCACUCUCCGCCUCCUACCCACUCAUCCAACUCAUUGACCUCCCUCAACUCCAUCCACCCAACUUGCCUGAACUCGCCAAAUCCCAUACAAACUAUUUCACUCUUUACAUAGAAAGUUUCAAACCCCACAUCAAACACGUCCUCGGUAACCUCAUCGGGUCGACUCACUCUCACCCUAACUCGCCCCGGCUCGUUGGGUUAGUCCUCGACUUCUUUUGCGUUUCCAUGAUUGACGUUGGCAACGAACUCGGUCUUCCUUCUUAUCUUUUCUUGACCACCGGUGCUGCGUUUCUUGGCCUCAUGCUAUACAUCCCAACUCGCCACGACCGGGUCUGCACCGAGUUCAGCGAAUCGGAUCCUGAGUUUUUGAUUCCGGGUUUUAUCAACCCAGUUCCUCCACGAGUUUUGCCCUCCGCAGUGUUCAACAAGGAUGGUGGCUACGCUGCUUAUCUCAAGCUUGCAAAAAGGUUUAGGGACACCAAGGGCAUUAUUGUAAAUACAUUACUGGAGUUGGAAUCCCAUGCUAUUAGCUCAUUUUGCGAUGAUCAAACCCCUCCAAUCUACACCGUCGGACCGGUGAUUGAUGCGAUGGGUGAGGCCCAGAACAAGCUAGGUUCCCCAGGGUCCCACAGUAAGAACAACAACAUAAUGAAAUGGCUUGAUGAUCAAGAUCCAUCGUCGGUGGUGUUCCUGUGCUUCGGGAGCAUGGGGACAUUCGGUGCACCCCAACUCAGAGAGAUAGCUCAAGCGCUGGAGCGCAGCGGGCAUGGGUUCUUGUGGUCCAUUCGUCUACCACCAAAGACAACAACACAAGGAAAGGCUGAGAAUCCGGAGGAGGAGAUGUUGCCAGAUGGGUUCAUCGAACGGACCAGAGGAAAGGGGAUGGUGUGUGGGUGGGCCCCACAGGCGGAGGUACUGGCCCACAAAGCGAUCGGAGGGUUCGUAUCGCACUGCGGAUGGAACUCGAUCAUAGAGAGCUUGUGGAACGGUGUGCCUUUGGUGACGUGGCCAAUGUACGCUGAACAACAGCUCAACGCGUUCGCGAUGGUGAGGGAGUUGGGCGUGGCGGUAGAGAUGAGGUUGGACUAUCGCGACGGUGUAUUUGGAGGUGACGGUUGUGACCUUGUGAUGGGCGAUGAGAUAGAAAGAGCAGUGAGGUGUGUGAUGGUAAGUGACAGUGAUGUGAGGGAGAAGGUGAAAGAGAUUGGAGAGAAGAGCAAGAAGGCGUUGGUGGAGGGUGGAUCUUCAUUCAACAUGAUCGGAAGGCUGAUGGAGGAUAUGUUGGUCAAUGUUUGAUUGCCAUUACUACAAUUUAUUAAUCAGCAAUGAUAGAGACUCCUUUUGUGGAGGACUCCACAACUCCUUUUGUGAUCCACACUAUUUAUGAUAUGGAUUCCACACAUAUAUAAGUGGGUCUCAUACAUCAUGAAUGAUACCAUUUAUGAUAUGGACCCCACACAUAUAUAAGUGGACCCCAUACAUCAUGAAUGAUGUAGAUCAGUAAGGGAGUUGUGAGGGGUCCUCCACAAAGGGGGUCUGAUUCAUUUUUCUUUAUUAAUUUCACAAUGUUUGUGGUGGAUACGUUAUUGGUUAGUAUUGGAGAUCACUACAUGUUGAAUGAUUAAAAAUUAUAUAGAGUAUAAUAAAUUAUAAUUGAUGUGAAA